UGUGGAUCUGCGCCUCGCGUUAUUCUUCUGAUAUAAUUGGCCCCGUGUGUGUAGCCCUCCAUCUGCUCCUUCAUUGUGUGCAGGUCAAGGCAAGAUAUUCCUCGUUGAGGACUUGGCUACACCUAAACGCUGCGUCCGUUAGAGUCACCACCGCCGGCUUGAAGAUGAGAACAAGAAAUGUUCAGCAGCUGAUGCUGCUGGUCUUCCUGCAGCUAUUCCAGGUGAUCUUGGCGCAAGAGCCGCGCCUCCUGAUCCAGCCAGACGGACAGAUCAGCAAGAGUCUGGGCGAGACAGUUUAUGUGUCAUGCCGCGCUGAAGUUUCUGACCCUAACCUGGUCACUGAGAUGCGAUGGACUGGCCCCGGCAGCAACGAGAUUCCAAAUUAUGACAGAACAAUCGAAAUCAUCGAAGAUGGCCCAGGAAGUCUGGGUUUGUACAUCCAGAAACUGCGUGAAGAGGACACUGGCACCUACAACUGCUCUGCCGUGUACGCGGGCAAUCAGAAUCUCAUGUCAUCUAUACAAGUCAUGUCUUUCGUGAAAAUCGAUUUCGGCGACACGCCGAGCCACCAGACGCCCAUCGUAGGAACGGACGCGCUCAUCAAGUGUCUGGUCACAUCCAGCCCCUCCCCUGUCAUAGACUGGCUCAAGGACGGACGGCCUCUGCGUACAGACGAGCGGCACAUCAUCCAGCAAGACGGUGUGCUGGUGCGCGGUAUCACCGAGGGCGACGAAGGCGUCUACCGCUGCCGCGCACGCGUUGCGCUCCUCGGCGCGCUCGACAGCCGCGACAUUCAAGUCGAGGUCUACGUCCCGCCUAAAAUUACAACACGACCUCAGGACACCUCGGGUGUAGAAAAAGAAGCCGUGACCUUCCAAUGCGUCGCUGAAGGCAAGCCAGCACCGAAGUAUUCUUGGGUUGACGAUCAGUCGCGACCUCUGGGAGGCCAGGAAGGCUACUACGUUGACGAAGUCAAGGGUGAGCUCACCGUGCUCGAUUUGAGGCCUGACCAAGCCGGCACUUACCGGUGUACGGCCACUAAUCCUGCCGGUAACGACGUGGCUGAGGCUCAACUCAGGGUUCUCACCAAGCCUAAGCUGGAGCAGUUCUUGAAUAUCACUGUCCCUGUGGCUGGCAAUGCUGAAUUCCGGUGCGUGUUUAGCGGCGACCCGAGACCGAAUAUCAGCUUUCAGAAGGAGACCAGCGUCGAACCGUUCUAUGAUGGCAUCAACUCUGACGCUAGAAUUGAAGUUGAACAGACUGUUGAUGACUACGGCAACAGUGUUGGCAUCAUGAAGAUCAGUGACGUGAAGAGGUCUGAUGACGGCCUAUACACGUGCACGGGCUCGUCAGGAGGAGGCGAGACCAUAGGCUGGGGGCACAUUACCGUUCAGUUCGCGCCCACCUUCGAGAAGCAGCCCACCGACGAGUUCUGGUCCUGGGAGCAGGAGAAGGUCAACCUUACCUGCGUCGCCUCCUCCAUCCCUAACGCCACAAUCCAGUGGUACAUCCGCAAUGAAGAAAUUCCUCAGCGGGACCCCAACCUGCGAGUGCUCGCCCUCGGGCCCACAGGGGUCCUGGAAGUCAACCCCCUCGAUAAUUCCUACUUCGGAACCUACACCUGCCAGGCGACCAACGAGCUCGGCGUGGUGAACCACGACGUUACGCUCAAGCAGGUCCACAAGCCCGGCCCCGUCACAAGCGUCAAGGUGGACAAAAUAACAGCAACGACCAUCACUUGGCGCAUCUUGGAGCCUCAUGAUAACGGCGGUCGCCCCAUCACAUCCUUCUUGGUGCAGUACAAACUCCGCAACAUGGCCUGGGAUGAUGCCGAGGCUUCGUCCUGGACUAAAGGCUCUGCUUAUACGCUGGAGAGAUUGCUGCCCAAAGAACACUACGUCUUCCGCUUCGCUGCUAAAAACGAAGUUGGAAUAUCCGAGUGGUCUGGAGAAAAGUCGGAGCAAAUGCCGGAAGUAACCGUGCCGGAGGAGCCACUGAUAUUCGUCAACGACGAAGGCGUGAAUUUCGUGCCCUACACCGACCACUACGACCUACAGUGGAAAACUCCUCUCGACAACGGCGAUCCUAUCAACUACUUCACCGUCAUCUACUACCAAGUGGUUGAAGAUGGUAGCGGCGGGUGGAAGACUCUUGGUGCCAAAAUAGAGAAGACCGUCGAGUUCCCAGGCGUGACCACCUACCAGAUCCAGAAGCUGCGGCCUGACACACACUACCGCAUUGAGCUGCGCGCCCACAACUCCAUCGGCUACAGCUCUCCUGCCGAGCUCGUCAUCAAGACGGCGCACGAUCCACAUGCCCCAGUGUCGGAUGACGCGCCUGGCACGGCAAGCAAUCACCUCAGUAACCGAGCGACUGGUUCCCCCGCCGGAGCGCCGUACACCGAACCCACCCUGGGUAUUGGCAUCGUCGUGGGCAUCGUGAUCAUCGGGGCGCUGGUGCUGCUCAUUAUCCUGGACCUCGUAUGUUUCUUCUGCCGCGAUGCCGGCGUCACCGCCUCGCUAGUCAAGGCCGUCGCCAGCAAGGAGAAGGACAAAGAAGCUAUGAUAGACAAUGUCAAAAAUAACAGCGACGAGACCCUGAACCCUCAAGGCAAGCAGCGUUCAGUCGGACACAUCACCCGAGACGGCAGCAACCCCCACAUUAUCAUUAUUACCAACCCACUUGAUACUGGAGACAAGGCGGCUAUUCUGAAAGAAGAGGAAGAAGCUAAGAUGCAAGGCCAAGAUGGACCUCAGGUCGUUGUCGUUACCAAAGAUUCUCCAGUUUAGAAUCGAGUCCAAGACGAUCUCGACCAAUUUCUGACCACAACAUAGUUCGUCGUUAGUGACGAAUUUCAGUAUGGAAAUCGAGCUGAAAAUUUUGGAGGAGCUUUUUCGUAUAAUAAUGGACUAAGAAGCUAUAAAAUCUGAAAUAGGCUGGUAUCUAAUCUAAUUCUAAAAAAAACAAAGGGGAGUAAUGAUGGUAAGGCUUCACUUUAGCCGACUGUUUGGAAGGAUGAAUAAGUUAUUUAUUUAAAUCUUCCUAUAUUUCAGUCAUUAUAAAAAUAUCCGUAUGACACUAUCAGCAUUUUCAUUGUUGUACGACUUCCACCGAAUUGUAUGUCUAUGAAGCAAACCAAACUGAGCUGUGGACACUAGUUGUCUGCCGGGCUGAAAAAAUUCACGAACAAAUGCAAAUGAAACGUGUAAUGCUGACAGGUUGAAAUUUUCUGUGCAUACUUAUUGUAUGAGUUAGGCAAAAGCACCUAUUUCAAAUAUUAGUUCUUGUAAUCUCGAUUAAGUGAUUAUAAGAACUAAGUUAAGUAAGUAUAAGAAAGUAACUUGUAGGGACUUGAUUCCACGAUGCUUAGUUUAAUUUUUUAUUAUGAUAUGAAUUCGUUUACAACACAAUAUGUGUUGUUGAAAGUGAGCGUUUUGAUUUAUUCAUAAGACUAAGGUUCUACACUUGUGUAUUGUAUUAUACCCCGUCUUUUGUUCCGCGACCACGUACGUAAGGUUUAAGUUGUGCAUCAAGUGCCAUUAUCUUAAGCAAGUCCUUUAUUGGACAACAACUAUUUGUUAAGGUGAAGAUUUUGUAAAUUCUUACUGUAUAAUUCGGAAAAGUGCUCAGACUUCGGCCCUAUCAUUCGUAUUAUGACCAAAUUUCUUGAUGUUUUGAAAGAUAAACUUUGAUAAGGUCGUAGUCUGGUGUUAACUCUCCUUUCUAGCUCUAGCCCUCAGUGUUGUAUGUAUCUAUUCUUAUUAUUAGCUACUAUAAUAAUUGCUCGGAACUUAGGUAUUGUAGGUCCUACGCAAUGUGUGACGGACUUGAAUUUUUCUUCCACUCUACUGCAACUGAUAGACUCUUUACGUUGGGCUGUUUUCUCCGAUUUCGAAAUCUCUCAGCCUAUUAGGCUUGUAAUGUAAAGUUUUUAAUUCCGCAAUCACUUUAUAUCAAAACAUAUUUUAAAUGAUUUCACCGCACAGACAGAUGUACAAUUACCACGUUUUUUUCUCCGUCAAUUAAGAAUUGGAAUUGAAGUCUAUUUAAUUUUAUGGCUAUUGAGACAGUCAUGCCUUGAGCUAAUGUACCUGCCUUUUGUUUAAAUUUCUACCUAAAAAUUAGCGUCGAAUGCGAUUUACAUGUGAAAAUCUCCAAUGUGCUCACAACGGCAGUUCCAACAGUCCAACAGUGUUGCAUUGCAUCAGUGCAGAAGAGAUAAUCAUGCGGUAAUUGCUCGGAAGGCGGAAAUUAUUUAAACUAGUGAAAAAUUCACCUUUUUUGAGCAAAUUGCAGUUGGAUUUUAUCCAGACCUGUAUAAAUUUCAUGCCUUUACAAAUUUUGUAGCUAGUUUCUGUAUGUGUGAGACCUCAGUUGGAUUUCUUUUUUGAUGAAUCCCCUUCUCGGGAUAUGUAUCGGCUGUACUUCGUAGAAGUUAUUAGC